UCGGCCGGCUGGCUGCUCCUCUCCCUUUCUCUCGCAGCAUCUUCCUGGGAGCCUGUAGGUGAAGCCGCACCAGCAGCAUCCAUGGCCUGUCUCUGGGGUUAACACUGGUCUCCUUUGGCUUCAGCAGCGGACACGGCAGAUCUCUCGGCGGCGGCAGCGUUGCGAGGACUUAAGCUGAGACCUGGAAUCGUAUCCUCCUGUGUUUUUUCAGACUCUUUGGAAAUUAAGGAAUGCAAUUCUGCCACCAUGAUGGAAGGAUUGAAAAAACGUACAAGGAAGGCCUUUGGAAUACGGAAGAAAGAAAAGGACACUGAUUCUACAGGUUCACCAGAUAGAGAUGGAAUUCAGCCCAGCCCACAUGAACCACCCUACAAUAACAAAGCAGAGUGCGCGCGUGAAGGAGGAAAAAAAGUUUCGAAGAAAAGCAAUGGAGCACCAAAUGGAUUUUAUGCAGAAAUUGAUUGGGAAAGAUAUAAUUCCCCUGAGCUGGAUGAAGAAGGCUACAGCAUCAGACCUGAGGAACCCGGCUCUACCAAAGGAAAGCACUUUUAUUCUUCGAGUGAAUCAGAAGAGGAAGAAGAAUCACACAAGAAGUUUAAUAUCAAGAUUAAGCCAUUGCAAGCUAAAGACAUUCUUAAGAACGCUGCAACUGUAGAUGAACUGAAGGCAUCAAUAGGCAACAUUGCACUUUCCCCAUCACCGGUGAGGAAAAGUCCGAGGCGCAGCCCGGGUGCAAUUAAAAGGAACUUAUCCAGUGAAGAAGUAGCGAGACCCAGGCGUUCCACACCAACUCCAGAGCUCAUAAGCAAAAAACCUUCAGAGGACACCACGGCGCUUGCUCCCCUCUUUGGUCCACCAUUAGAAUCAGCUUUUGAUGAACAGAAGACAGAAGUUCUUUUAGAUCAGCCUGAGAUAUGGGGUUCAGGCCAACCAAUUAAUCCAAGCAUGGAGUCGCCAAAGUUAACAAGGCCUUUUCCCACUGGAACUCCUCCACCACUGCCUCCAAAAAAUGUACCAGCCACCCCACCCCGAACAGGCUCCCCCUUAACAGUUGGACCAGGAAAUGACCAAUCAGCCACAGAGGUCAAAAUUGAAAAGCUACCAUCCAUCAAUGAUUUGGACAGCAUUUUUGGCCCCGUGUUAUCCCCCAAGUCUGUUGCUGUUAACGCUGAAGACAAGUGGGUCCAUUUUUCUGACACAUCCCCGGAACGUGUUACUCCAGAGUUGACUCCAAGGGAAAAGGUGGUGUCCCCACCAGCUGCCUCAGACAACCCAGCUGACUCCCCACCUCCGGGCCCCCCGGGUCCUCCUGGCCCCUCAGGACCUCCGGGUCCUCCUCGCAAUGUACCGUCGCCGCUCAAUUUAGAAGAAGUCCAGAAGAAAGCUGAGCAGAACGUCAUUAAAGACGAUUACUUAGAAACAAUCUCGUCUCCUAAAGAUUUUGGGUUGGGACAGAGAGCAACUCCGCCUCCCCCACCACCACCCACCUACAGGACUGUGGUUUCGUCCCCCGGACCCGGCUCGGGCAGUGGUCCGGGGACCACCAGUGGUGCGUCAUCCCCUGCUCGGCCAGCCACCCCCUUGGUUCCUUGCAGCAGCACAACCCCACCUCCACCUCCUCCCCGGCCUCCGUCUCGGCCAAAGCUACCUCCAGGGAAGCCUGGAGUCGGAGAUGUGCCCCGACCUUUCAGCCCUCCCAUCCAUUCUUCCAGCCCUCCUCCGAUAGCACCCCUAGCCCGGGCUGAAAGCACUUCUUCAAUAUCAUCUACCAAUUCCUUGAGUGCGGCCACCACUCCCACAGUUGAGAAUGAACAGCCUUCCCUCGUUUGGUUUGACAGAGGAAAGUUUUAUUUGACUUUUGAAGGUUCUUCCAGGGGACCCAGCCCCCUAACCAUGGGAGCCCAGGACACCCUCCCUGUUGCAGCAGCAUUUACAGAAACGGUCAAUGCCUACUUCAAAGGAGCAGAUCCGAGCAAAUGUAUUGUGAAGAUUACUGGAGAAAUGGUGUUGUCUUUUCCUGCCGGGAUCACCAGACACUUUGCCAACAACCCAUCGCCAGCUGCUCUGACUUUUCGGGUGAUAAAUUUCAGCAGGUUAGAACACGUCCUGCCAAAUCCCCAACUUCUCUGCUGCGAUAAUACCCAAAAUGAUGCCAGUGCCAAGGAAUUCUGGGUAAACAUGCCAAAUUUGAUGACUCACCUAAAGAAAGUGUCGGAACAAAAACCCCAGGCUACAUAUUAUAAUGUGGACAUGCUCAAAUAUCAGGUGUCGGCCCAGGGCAUUCAGUCCACGCCUCUGAACUUGGCAGUGAACUGGCGAUGUGAACCAGCAAGCACCGACCUGCGCAUAGAUUACAAAUACAAUACAGAUGCAAUGACAACCGCCGUGGCCCUCAACAACGUGCAGUUCUUGGUCCCCGUGGAUGGAGGGGUAACCAAGCUCCAGGCGGUGCUCCCACCAGCAGUCUGGAAUGCUGACCAACAAAGAAUAUUGUGGAAGAUUCCUGAUAUUUCUCAGAAGUCAGAAAAUGGAGGGGUAGGUUCUUUAUUGGCAAGAUUUCAGUUAUCUGAAGGCCCAAGCAAACCUUCGCCAUUGGUUGUGCAGUUUACAAGUGAAGGAAGCACUCUUUCUGGCUGUGACAUUGAACUUGUUGGAGCAGGGUACAGAUUUUCACUCAUCAAGAAAAGGUUUGCCGCAGGAAAAUACUUGGCAGAUAACUAAUAAAAUCUUAUGCAAGGAUUUGGAGAUUCAUAUAAUGGAGAACUAUUGUAUGAGAAACAGGUUUUAAUUUUGGUUUGAUGAAAACAAACCAAAAAUCUGCACUUGGGAUAUAUCUGCUGGAAAUGUCAGUGACUUUCAGCAAUGAUUUCCCUCACAUGAUACCAUGAUGACCAGUCCUACAGUAUUUACUUCUAGGUGUAAUAUUGUUAAUGGUUUUAAAAUGUAAUUAUUGUAUUUGUAAAUUGUACUCAUUCCAGUAAGGCGGUUAGAUACUUGAGUUUUAGCAUUUUACCAUUCCUGAAAUGGAUGUAAUUUAAACUGUGGUAUGUAAAUUUAAUAGUAGUACUGUUGAAUGGCACAAUGCUUACAGAGGUAGAUUGCAUUUUGUCAAUAUAUAAAAUUUAAAUAUAAUAUUGUUAGCUGUCAUAAAGGGGGUGCCAUGCACAAAGAAAAUUAUGCAGAACCAGGAAAAAAAUUUCCUUUUCUUCAGUCCUUAGUAUGUUUUACUCUAGUGCUUAAUAAAAAUUCUAUCUUCAAAUGUUUAGUGGAUUAAAUUCAGAAACUAUUUCAGAAAACAAAAAAAAAUUCUAAAGUUACAGCAUAUUCAAAGAAAAGCAUUAAUUGCCACUUUUUAAAAAGCUUUUUUUUCAAACUGCAAAUUUCAUAAAAAUGCAAACUGUGUAAACAGGGCCUCUUAUUUUUAUAACUUGUGUAAAAAUGGAAAGCAAUUCAUAUUUAAAGUUUAAGUAUAUGAAAUUAUAAACAAGAAUAAAGAAGAUGUUGAAAUCUUAACUACUCCCCUCCCUUCCACAGAUUACCAGAUAUGGGGACUACUGAAUAAUCAGACUAAAACCAAAAUUGUGGUUUUAAAAUUUCAAGAAUUUCCAUGAUUGAACUGGUUAACAACUUUUGCACAAUAUCUCUAGACAGAGACCCUCCCAUCCAGCAUGGAGAAUUGUACCAAGCAUCUUCCUCAUUACCCACAGGAAUCAAAACACUAACUCUAAAAAAACCAAAAAAAAAGAUUUCAGUCCCCUAUUGAAAUCCAGAAGUAGAAUUUUAAUCAUCAUUUAUAUUAUAUGGGAAGGAAAAAAUAAGCUUUAUAAAUGAAAUUCUAACCACAUUAUUGUGCAAUAAAUUUCCUUUUGGAUAAGAUUCAUUGUAUGUAACUAUAAAUCUUUGCCGUUCUUAGGGAAUCAAAAAGAGAGAUCAAAAAUGUAUGUUAUGAUUUCAUUGUUGCAAGGUAUAAUAAAAACUGUAAUUAUUCAGUCUGGCCUCAAUAUGGGAAUUCAGGAUGAAGAAGUUCUUCUUCAGGAGUCCCAGCAAAACCUUCCUCCAUUACAAUCUGAAAACAUGAAUCUUUCUUUAAGUCAUAGAACCUAUUUUAACAUAAACUCAUUCCUGUUCUAGGUUAUACUAUUAAAUAACUAUGAUUAUUAAGUUGUUACGUUUAUCAUUAGUUGCUAAAUUUUAUUUACAACAUUCAUAUUUGACAAAGAACUCUAGCCCCUUAAAAUUUUAGAAUCAAAUUAAAUUUUGUAAGCUUACUUUUAAAAUGAAAUUGUGACUGGCAAUUGUUUAUAGUAGAAUUUUUUAAAUUAAUAUUUGUACUCCUCAAUCAGUGCUUGCUACCAAGAGACUGUUCAAAAUGAUCUGUUUUACCUAAGAAGAAGUCUUGCUGUGCAAACAAAUUCUCGAUUGGCUCCCCAAGCAGUCUGAUGUUGAAGUUUUUUGAACAAGUAACUAAUAUAGUUACUUAGUCACUUUAAAGAUAUUCAGUUUUAUUUUUAAAUAAAAAUAGAAAAUGAAAACUUUUAAAUCCCAUAAAACAUGGGGAAAUUUCAAACACUGGAACUGAGAGUUAUCCAGCAUAUGAAUAUAAAAAUGUGUUUUUAAGAUAUUAAUCCAUGAGAAAACAUAUUAAAUAUUAACACAAAGCAUAUUAAAAAUAUGUAAAUAUUAUUGGUUCUCAUGUCUUGCUCAUUAUAUUUUAUUUUAAACCAUUCUAGAGGGAAUUAGUAAUUAAACACAAGGUUUUCCUUUUCAUAGAAUACUUUUGUUUAUAUUAUAAAAUGUAAUUUAAAACAGAUUAAAUUAAUCUCUAACAUUAUUCAAAUGUCUCUAGAUACCAAAUUUGAAACUAUGAAGAUAUCCUAUGAUUCCAUAAUUGGUCCUAUGAAACAGAAUAAAAGUCAAUGAUUUCAAAAUUAUUAAUUAAUUUUGAAAUAUUAUUAUUAUUAUUGAAUAACAAGGACCUUAGUAGAGAAUAUAUCCCUUCUUCUUUUGGAAAAUAGGUCAAAUAACAACACAAUAAGUUCAUAUCAGGGAUUUAGAUUUUGGUGGGUUUUUUUUAACCUUGUAGUUUAUAAUCUCCUAUUAUUCUUGUAUCCAUAGUACUAUACAAUAAAGAAUUAGUGUUAGGAAAAAUGAUCCUAGACAGUGAAAGUAUAAAAGAAACAUUAGGUCAGGUUCAUUAUCAAUUCCUAAAACAAAAUGUGCUAGUACAUGUUCAGAUUUUUAAUACCAAACGUUAAAAGAAAAAGAUUUCUCAUUAGCCAGGACACCAUUUCCUAAGUGUUAUGAUUAAAAAGAUUCUGCUCUAACAAGAUAGAAAAUAUGAAUGUUUUAUUUUGCAACAUGGAAAAUGUGUUUUUUAAAUAAAUUUCAUAUUUUUCACGUUAUUUUAAAAAAUAAAUUUCUGUUAAGCAUUAGUCUGAAUUUUAUCAUAAUUGGAACAUAUAGUUCCAAACAAUUUAAUUUUAAAUUGUUUUUAAAGCUCUAUUCUUCUCUACACUUACAGUCAAAAUGAAAAUUCACUGUAUAGUAUUUGGAAAUGCAUUUCACCUGUAAAGAAAGAAUGUCUACAUUUCAAAUGGUUUCAAGUGAAUACAGAGGAACCAUUCCCUCCAGAAAGUCAAAUUACAAUUGUUUUGUUUUUAUGAAUUUUUAGUCAGUGUCAAUCUGCAAAGUGAGGCCACAAUUACUCAUAUUUCCAUUUCCAAACAUUCAUUUCAAAGAAGCCUGGUAACUAUAUCAGCUCUACCACUAGCUCUGUUAUAUGACCUUAGAAAAUCACAGCCCUUUUAAAUUUCUCAGCUUUAGAAUGAGGCAUUGGGAUUGCCAGUGGUUUCCAAACUUUUCUUAACAGUCACUUUUUUCUACUGAAAUUGCACAUGAAUUCAUUUUAGCAAAAUAACUAAAAACAAUAAAGGAGUUCUUCCAGCAAUUUAAAUCUGGCUCUCCAGAGCACUGUUUAAACACCAUAGUAACACAACUGUGAUCUCUAAAUCUCCCACCUCAGAUGUUCCAUGGUUCUACUUGACUAAGAGAGAUCCACCUUUGGGGGCUUUACAAUCACAGUACUUGAUAUACAAUAAAAAUUGAUAUUCUCUUGAUGGAUGUUAGCUCACUUAAUCUUUAUAUCAACCCCCAAAUGGUACAUACUCUUUUUAAUUAGUAUUUUACAAAUGGUGACAUUGAGUCUUAGAUUAAUAAUUUGCCCAAAGUGACAUAGCAGCUGGAAGUAACCCAGUUAUUUUGACAACAAUGGGAGCAAUUGACCUGUUUUACUUAUUCAUUCCAGGAAAUGAACUCUUCUGUUUUAUUUUACUAUACAUAUUUCAUUUGACUACCCAGGUAAAGGAGGCUAUGAAAAAUUAAUACCAAAAUAAGGAUAAUUCCCAAAGCAAAAUUGUUGGGAAAGAAUAUUUCUCAAAGCAUGAUAUGUGAACCACUUGUUUUAUCAUUUAUUUAACAAGGGCAAUGGUUUUGACUAAGGUAUCACUAUAACGCCAGAGCUUAGAAGAUAGUGGGCAUCAAUAAAUUUAUACUGAAUAAAUAAAUCUGUAGGGGUGGAGUUUAAGAAUAUGUACUUUGACAAGCACCCCAAAUUUGAGAAUCACUGCCCUAGUAGAUCUCUCAAAUACUUCUUAGUUCUGACAUUGCAGAAGAUUUUAGACAUUCAAUUAUUACUUGAAUACCAUUUUUCUAUUGAGCAUGUUUUUUUUUUUUCCCAUUCAGUCUAUUUAGCUUCCUCCAGGCUUGAAAGAAAACCAAGAGGUAGAGAGAUUUGUGUAGGAAAACAUCCCCCUUUUUUUAGCGUUCUUUUAUUUUGUCUCAAAGUGGCCUAACAUGCAUUCUCUCAUUUUCAUUUUUCUGUCCUUUUGUCUAUGUUGUCAACGAUUAAAAGAAGUAGGGAGGGUGCAAGCUGUCAUGAAAUCCAGAUAAAAUGUCUCCUUUCCUGCCGGGGACACAGACCUCUAACUUGUGAGUUAACACUAUUUACUUUGUAGGCCUUUGAGCAAUGCUUUAUCAGCAUGGACUAGUGUAAUUCCAAGAGAGCUGCACCAAUCAUUUUUGUUUUUGCAUUUUUUUUCUCAAAAUUAUCACAGUCUGUCAAUUAAAGUUGAGUAAUACAGUAAAAUGUACUAAGGAGAUGAGUUUAUGGUUUGUUGGGGUUUUUUUCCUUCUUUGUUUUCUCUAAAAGAUGAUGCAUUUGAGCAAAAUCUCAUUCAAUCCAAAUAUAUUCUUUUUGCUACAUAAUUUUCUGAUCAGGAUUUUUUAAAAAUGGAAGCAUAAUUUUUUAUGAUAUCAAAACUAGGAUUAUCUCUAAAUACUGCUUUAAAAGUUAAUGUAAAGUCAACAUGCUAUUUCCUUAAAAUGAGUCAAAUUAAAUUGUUGAUGUGAAUGAAAAAAUCAGUCUUUGUUACACUGAUUAAAGAGACUGUUCUGGUGAACCAUCCCACCUCCUUUAAUGUGUGUGCUUCUCUCUUGAGGCUUUUUUUUUGUUUUCCCACUCCUUUCUUUUUCUUUUUUUUUCAUUUGGCAAACAGUAGUUAAAUGCCAUUUGCUCAUUAGUGAAUCAAACAUGACUACCAUUAUAUUACUUUUUGUCCAUUGAAUGCAUGGAGGAAAAAUGAGAUAGGAAUGCAAUGUUUAAGUCCCUAAAUAUAAAAACAAACAACAAAACCCACUAGCAUUUCUAUUUCUUUGAUAUUCUGUCAUCUGCUAUAGGCAAGAACUGCAUUUUAAAUACAUAAUUGAAUACUAAACAUCCUUUUUGAAAGAAUGUCAAAUGUUAGGGUUUGUUGACUAACAUUGGUCAGACCUCUUACAGUUGCUCAUGUUUAAUAUCUGAUUUUUAUCCAAAAUGAGUAUUCCUAGGAGAGAAUGUCACCUCCCUGUUUGUUGACAUUCACCACAGGGAUAACAGCUUAUUCUCUAAGUUCGACUUCUAAAGUUAUUUUUCCUUUGAUUUACAGUAUUUCUAAUUAUCUCCUUUAUCUCUAAGGUAGUACAUUGUCCAUUCUAAGUACAUCUUUAACCUCAUAACAAAAGAUGUUUCAGAGAAAAGCAAACUUUAUGUGUCCCUUAACUGGUAAAAAUAAUAACAAUAAGGAAAGGGUAAUUUUACUUCAUUCACCGUAUUCUGGUAUUUCCCAAAUCAUGUUCAACACUGCUGCUUCUGGCAAGUGUUCAUUGUGGUCUGAGAAUAAAUGUUCCUAGACCACAGACCUCACUCCUUGGACGUUGUUAAUUAAUGUUAGUGCUUUAAUGAAGCUUAAGAAAGUUUUGAAUCAGGAAAACACUUUUUUCUAAACACAUCUUGAAGAAACUUUAGAAAAGUUUUGUUUUACAUAUCUUUCAGCAACUUCAAAUAAUAUAACCAGGAAUGCUUUGAAAAAGAUGCUUCUGGUUUUUUGUUUUAACCCUAAGGAAAAUUUAUGCCACUUUAAAUGAAUUAGUAUCUACUUUAAAGUUCAUUAGUAUGUCUUAGUGACUUUUAUCACCUAAAACAUUCGAAACAGUAAAAUUGUUUCACUAAUUUUUUUAAGUACUAUUUUUAAGAUCUGCACCUAUGGGUAUCACAUCAUGCUGCAAUCUGUUGGAGAUGAUCCAGAUUCUUUAUAGAGGGUAAUUAAUACUUGUGAACAAUCCUUGGUAAUACUUUAUCUAAAUGCUUUAAGAAAUUGAAUCAUGAUGAAUUGAUGCUCACAGCGUUUUUAUAUAAGCUUGUUAGAAAUUAUAUGAAAAACAUUUCAGUUAAACCCAAGGAAAAUGUGCUAUUUAGCAUAGAUUUUGCAAGACUCCUACAUUCUGUUACAAGCAGAGCAUUACAUAGUACUUUUUGCUUUGCUCUGUUUUGCAAAUCAGUUGUUUUAAUGACAAAGUUUCUUUAAAAAUUCCUGGGUAAACUGUCUGUUAUCAGAGAGAAAAGAGUAAAGCUGAAUCACUUUACAUUUCUCUAAAUACAAUUCAAUUUUUAAUUCAAAGUGUGUGAAUCAGCAUGAUGGAUUAUCAGCCAUUUAUCAUUUUUAAACAUUCCAUUGAAUGACUAUAUCAUGCAAAUGUUAAUUCCAUCUUACUUGUUCACUUGUUUAUUACUUCGCUGACCUUUUCUUUUGGAAAAAAAAACUUUAGUAUUUUUCAUACAUCUCCACUUUGAAAUAUUUUAAAUGAUACAAAAAAUGACUAGCACUGGGAUCACUGUCCCAGGGUCCAAUGUCAGGUUUUUUCUUGUCCUUAUGAGGUGAUACGAUGAUAAUUUUUAUAGUUGUGAUUUUGCAGGUCAGUAUUUCAUUUUUGCUUUCUUAAUGGAUAUGCAUGAGAGAGACUGACCUCUGCUUCAUCUCCCUCCUUGUGUCUGCCUCUCUCUCAGUCUAAGGGAGUUGGAACAUUGCUGCUGAAUAAUUUUUCAUGAAAAAGCCCAGUGUUGGUAUGAUAUGUAGCUGUCAUCUAUAAGCAGGGCUUCACUACAGGUCAAGCAGUUAUUUGAAGAGCUGGCUUUUAAAACUGUUUGAAGAGUACUGGAUUUCAAUAUACAAAGGAUUUUUUUUUCACUUUGCAUAGGAGAAGAUCUAAAAUAGUCAAAUUUUAUUUUUGUGCCUGCUAAGUGGCAAUGUAAGGCAUUUUUGUACUUUUAACAGUAAGAGAAACUAGGAAAAGAAUCUCAGAAAAAUUUAGCUGUAUUUCUAAAAGUAAUAAAAUUCAGUCAGCUGUCUUUCUUUGGGAAAAUGCUAUUAGUGUAUACUUUGAGUUGGUGGUAGCUUUUAUUUAAAGAUCUCCACAAUAUCUGUAGCAAAAGUAGACAAUGUCUUUUUGACCUUGGAUGGAGUAAAUAUUUUCACAAAAUACCUUGAGCAUAAAACAUUUACAAAAAGAAUUGUGGGCUAAAAUACUCAAAAUACUUUGAAAAUCAGUUAAAAUGUUGAUGACUGGCUCUUUUUCCUACAUGUGUAAUUCAACAGAGAAUACUUUAUUCUCAUAGCCGUAACUGCUUUGUCUGUGAUGAAAUCUCUAUUGCUUCUGUGCUGUGCUCAAGAAAAAACCAGCAAAAGAAUCAUGGGUUUGUUCCUUCACAGAACUGCCCAAAGCUCUCUGAUGAGCCAUGGUGAUAUGAAUGUGUAAUACUGACUUCUUGAAGAUAAUCAUGAGAACAUUUUAAUGUUACUUGCCUUAUACAUUAGAAAAAAACGUGGGUAUCAUUUUUUGUAAAUAAUGAUUUUUACAAAUGUUUUUUUCCUUCAUAAUUUUCCCAAUCACCCAUUUCACAAAAUUCUGAAUAUGCAAUUAUUUAUCAUGGCACAUUACUGCACCUAGGGUUCCCAUUUCAGGACAAAGUUUAAUUAUAUGUGAGAACAAAAUCAAAUAUCUCAGUAAAUUGUUAUUUCAAUGUAAUUUUUCUGGAAAAUAAAUGAAAAACAAAAA